GUGUGGGAGAACAAGUAACCCUGAAGUUAUUUAAGAGUGAGCUUCUGUCUGCUGACGUGCGUGCUGUUUGCUUCAGCCCCCAUUAGGACGCCCAUACUACCCGAGUCCAUCAACAUGGAUGUGAUUGCAGAUACCUCCAUAUUUUUGGGAAAAUUUCUAUAUUACUUUCUGGAAUCUUUGGUUUACAAGAUAAUUCCCAAGACAAAAAAGAAUGUUGCUGGAGAGAUUGUACUUAUAACAGGAGCUGGAAGUGGACUUGGAAGGCAAUUGGCCAUACAUUUUGCCGGGCUUGGAGCCAUUUUAGUUCUAUGGGACAUUAAUCAAGAAAACAAUGUGGAGACGUGGAGACUGGCCAAAGAAAAGGGUGGUGAGAAAGUGUUCCCUUAUAAGUGUGACUGUAGCAACAGACAAGAGGUCUACAGCGUCGCUGACCAGGUCAGGAAAGAAGUUGGUGACGUGACCAUCCUCAUUAACAAUGCCGGCGUCGUCACGGGAAAGCCCUUCCUCGAUAUUCCAGAUCACAUGGUGGAAAAAUCCUUUCUUGUAAACACCCUCGCUCAUUUCUGGACUUACAAGGCCUUCCUUCCUGCCAUGAUUAGAACUAACCAUGGGCACCUGGUUUGUAUUUCAAGUAUAGCGGGAGUAGCUGGUAUUACUGGACUAUCAGAUUAUUCUGCAAGUAAAUUUGCAGCCUUUGGCUUUGCUGAAUCUCUCUUUUAUGAAUUAGCUAUUCUAAAGAAAACUGGAAUUAAAACCACCAUUGUUUGCCCAUAUCUCAUCAACACUGGAAUGUUUGAGGGCUGUACCACCAAGUAUCCGUUUCUGUUACCAAUUCUGGAGCAGGAGUAUGUGGCCAAAAAAAUUGUAAAUGCUAUUUUGGAGGAACAAGUUUAUUUAAUGAUACCCAAAUUUUUAUAUAUUGCAUUGAUUCUUAAACAAAUAAUGUCUCCAAAAAUGAUUCUUGCCUUUGGUGACUACCUUGGAGUGGACAGUUGCAUGGCUUCUUUCAAAGGGAGAAAGAGAGCAAAUGACCUUCAGACUGAAACUGAAAGGAAACACCAAUAGCUUAAGCCUCAAACAUGGGAAUGAAAAAGUGUUAUAAGGAUGAACUAUUUGCAAUUCCUCGUAAUGGUUAAAGCAUCACAGUCUAUCAAGGAUUACUGAAGCUUUCAAAAGUGUCAAUUUUAUUUCCUGGACAUAGUGUACACACCAAUUAUUUUUCUAAGUAUUCAAGUUAUCUAUCCAUUUUUUUUAGCUUCAUAAAUAAGGACAUUACAGCCUUUUCAAUGGACUUCGAACACAAUAUGUUCAUAAAAACAUAUUAAUGCAAGUUGACCCUAAUUUAAUUUUAAAGUAGGUAAUCUAUAAUGCCUUUGAAAGAGAAAU